AUGAGCUCGAAAUACGCGGACGUCGCCGCGAGGGGCGGCCGCGGGAAGAAGCGCAAGGCGCUCCUCGCGGAGCAGCAGCGCCGCCUCCUCGCCGCGGGCGACGCCUCCGACGCGUCUCUCCCCGCGUCCGCGGCGUACACGCGCCUCGUCGACUUCGAGCGCGAGGUGGAUGCGACGCUCGGCAGGAGGAAGGCGGAGGUGAACGAGGCGCUGAAGCGCGCGGAGCGCGUCCCGCGGACGGUCAGGGUGUACGUGUACAACACGUUCAAGCCCGCGAGCAAAUCGAUCGUGAACCCCGCGGAGGGCGGCGGCAAAGAUCGCGGCGCGAAGAGGGGCGCGAGAUCGGCCGACGGGGCGACGGGAGCGCCGAUCGAGGAAGAGAUCGAGCCCGCGUCGUGGACGCUGCACGUCCAAGGACGCGUCCUGAGCCAGGACGAGGCCCCGGACGGACGCGGGGACAAGCACGCGGACGCGGAGUGCGACCUGAAGUUCUCGUCGUUCGUCCGAAGCGUCGAGGUGAGGCUCGACCCGGCGCACUACGCCGCGGACUCGCUCCCGCCGCCGGAGGGCCAGGGCGCGGAGGACGACGCGAGCGUCGGCCCGUCCGUCAUCGCGUGGAACGCCGACGACGCGUCACCGGACGCGCCCGCCGUGGACGGGUUCGAAGUGAAACGCCACGGCGACGCGGACUGCGUCUGCAAGAUCAUACUGCGGAUCGAUCACCAGCCGGAGCGGUACGCGGUGUCGCCGAGGCUGGCGGCGAUCCUCGGCGUGGAUCUCGAGACGCGGCCGCGGCUCAUCGGCGCGCUGAUGCAGUACGUCAAGCUGCACGACCUGCUCGACGCGGAGGACGCGGGGACGGUGGUGAUGAACGACGCGCUGAGAGAGGUGUUCGUAGACGGGGCGGGCUUGAAGGGGAACGGGAAAGGGUUGAAAGGGUUGAGGGUAACCGAUGGCGAUAAGGCGUUAUUCGCGGACAUCGCGGAGCGGCUGCACGAUCACCUCGAGCCGGCGCCGCCGAUCGAGAUUGAUUACGUCAUUCGCACGCGCGGGACGAGGAACCCGACGCUGCCGGAGUGCUACGACCUCCUCCUGGACGUGCCUUCCACCGCGACGAGCGGGUACCAUCAGUUCGUGGAGCGCUUGGGGAGGGAUCGGGAGAUCGACGCGUGCGACGCGCGGAUUAAAGCGGCGCUCAGGAAGAUCGAAGAGCACGAGCGUCGGCGAAAGUUUUUUCUCGAGUUUUCGCGGUCGCCGACGGCGUUCAUCAACCGCGUCGUCGCCGCGCAGGCGAGGGACGUCGCGGUCGUGCGACACGACGGAGCGACGCGACGGGAGGCGGAGAGGAACAAAGAGCUGUACGAUCAGCCGUGGGUGGACGAGGCGUUGAUGCGGUACAUCUCCAGGAAGGGGACGGGGUGA